AUGUCCUCCGCCCCAAACGUCCCGGCCUGGAAACGAUUGGGCCUCAAGCUCAAGCAGCCCGCAUCCGGCGCAGAGAUUGGCGGCCCUGCUCCCGCCGAGGGAUCGAAGCCCAACGGGCAACAACACCACGACCGGGACGCCAGCGGCCCCGUCGUCAACGCCGCCUACGCCUCGCCGGCCGCCGCCGCCGCCGCCAAAAGGAAACGUCUCGAUCAGCCUAUUCCUCCCCCUGCGUACAACUCCUCCCCCUUCAAAAGGACCCGCACCGACGGCGACAGCAAUGCAACCCCGACCCUGAGGAAGCAGAAGUCUGUGACGUUUGCCGACGACGUCAAGAACACCGCCACCGACCUCAAGAAGAAGAAGAAGAGCUCCAAGCCGGCCAAGCCAGCGACUCAGCAGCCGACCGCCGACAUCAAACCCUCCCUUGAGUACCUCAAGACCUGGAAGUUCUCCCGCCAGACGUGGAAGUUCAACAAGAACUACCAAACGAUCCUAAUGAAGCGGGUCUUCCACCCCGACGCCAUUCCGUCGAGCGAUAUUGGCACCUUUUACGAAUACAUUCAAGAUCUCAAGGGCUUCACGCGGUCGCGGUUGUUGGAGACGGCGGCGGAAGUGAAGAAGGAGGAUACCGAGAAGGGAAAGGCUGCCUUCCCCGUAGGCACGCCGGACAUGGACUCGAAGCAGUCAGAGUACGAAAAGGUACUGGCCGGUCUCAUGCAGCUCGGCAACAGCUCCGGCUCCAAGAGGAAGCGCUUCGACGAAGCCGGCUUCGUGUCAGAGUCUACGGACGUCGCCAUUACCCAGAGAGUCAUCAAGCGCAUGCGUGCCGAGACGAUAUUGGAGGAAAUGUCCAACAGCGAAGACAGCGAUGCCAUGACCAUUGACACGGAGGAGACGGCCCCUCCAGCUCAGGCGGCGGCGGCGGCGCCCCAGGAGGAGUCUCUUGACAAGCGGGUCAAGCUCAAUGAUGGUACAACGAAGGAAAAGCCCACCCGUCGUCGCAAGAGGCGUACCAACGUUGACGAUUCGAGCUCUGAAGAAUCCUCGGAUUCUGACUCUUCAGACUCGGAUAGCGAUAGCGAUUCCGAUGAGGAAUCAGACAACGCGAGUGAGGUACAGCGCCAGGCCGCUCAGCGAGAGGCCGAGACUUCGAGCGAGUCAUCGUCGUCUUCGGAGGAGCAGGAUGAUAGCAGCGAGGACGAGAGCGAGGAAGAGGAGGAAGUUCCCAAGAAGCGGACAGGGUCGAAGAAAUAG